UGACGGCAAAGGACGUAAACAAGACUUGUAAAAUAAACGCUAAAUUGUUAUUGUUCUAGCUAGGUACGAAAGUGGACAGAAUGAACGGGGUUUACAUAUGAAAUACGGUGUUAUAACGACUGAAUAACGGGUGCACGAGAUGCAGGAGGGAAAUAUUAAUGACGCUUUGCCUACCUCCAAGAACCACACAGGCACCCACCCCAUGCAGACUCCGAAGAACGAGGAUGCCUAUGAAAUCUCCAUUCCCUUUGAGGAGAACAACUUUGAGCAGCAAGGCUUCUUCAACCAGAAUGAACAGAGUUUUGACGAGUCGCCCCCUCCCUCGGGCGCCCCCCCACCAGGCAGCUCGUACCUUCUGAUCACCAACCUGCGGACGCAGCUGCAGAUCUCCCUGGAGAAGAACUCGUGGCUGCACAAACGCAUCGAGGACCUGGAGGAGGAGAGGGACUUCCUGCGUUGCCAGCUGGACCGCUUCAUCUUCUCUACCAAGACCCAGGGCCAUCAGAACCAGGGCCCCAGCGAGAGCCAGUACAGCAAUGGCUAUGACUCUAGACGUUUUGAAUGGAAGCCGAGGAGAGAGGGGGAGCGGCCAGCUGAGCAGAAGUCCGAGCCACAGCGUUUCACAUCUCGUCAGAUAUUCCAGCGAAGACCAUCCCCCACUGCCAUGGCCCCACCCAAAAACCACACUUCCAGCACGAUAGCCAAUCAGAUGGCAGCGAUGAGCUCCAUGUUCAGCUCCGGGGCCUCCCAGACCCUCUUGCAGGGGCACAGCAGUGGCAGUAGCAGCGCUAUUAGAGCCACCAUGAGUGACAUGAAUGCACACGGGAGUGUAGGGCCAGGUAAUGGGAUCCAGACUAGAGGUUGACAUAUGAACAGGACU